AUGCGCCACAGUACCUGCUACCUCCCGAACGGGCAGAGCUUCGCUGUGACGCCCGUCUUCGGCGGUUUCAACUUCAAGAGCAACGACCUGACUCUCCACCACUCCGUUCUUCCUCCAGGAUGGACCGUUGUCCUCUACACUCGCGAUGACGAUGAAUCCUCUGAAAAGGACGAAAAAGACCGCCAGCGCCGCUUCACAGACCCCACCCUCCGCAAUGACUGCCUCCAUAUCGCAUACACAGUCGAUCCCUCCAGCGAAGACUUCAAACCUGCUAGUUCCCCGACGCGGCAGAUCGCACUGCUCCUCUACAUCACGCUAUGGUGGUACUUCCACGAACAAGAGCCGGAUCUGCAUCUGCACUCGGCGAACUCGGCGAAGACCCCGCUGUUGGGUAAGCCCAAGGGCGACUGGCGGAUUAACAUCAAGCGCGAGGGAAUCUUCAAGAAGCGCAAUUUGUUGCAGAAGCUUGAGCGCAUGGGUCUAAUUGCGACGGAGGAUAGUUCUGUUGGGCUGGAGCCGAAUGAGAACCAGGAUUCUGGGCCGUGGGAUAAUAUGUUUGUGAGCAGACGGAGUUUCUGGCAGUUGGAUCCAAGAUUGUUUCUGUUUACGCUUGCGCCGGCUGGGAUUCCGGCGUCGAUUACACGGCAGCAGAUCUCAUCCCCGACAACGGAUGAGCAAGCGAGAUUGAGAAAGGAGGGUCCGUUUACAUCGGGAAGCCAUCUACCCACCUACUUCCCCCCGCCACCAACGCAGUAUACUUUUACGAACGGCGUGCGCCAUCCACUUCGCACCAGGCCCCCGCACCAAGGCGAAGUCGUCUACAUCCGCUACAUCCCCAGCGUGGGCCAAUACCUCUCUUUCCGGGUCCCCUACUUCUCGGCCUCAAAACAGUCCCAGCCCGCGUCACCAGGAACCACCCCCCCCUCCGGCUCCAACCACACCCACUCCCUCUCCUCCUCAUCCGCCAUCGGCAUGCAACAACCCCAGCCCACAGAUGGCCCGACAGACCUCGAAAUUCUUCACAAAUGGAUGAACAACCCCCGCGUCAAUGCCGCAUGGGGCGAAGCAGGCCCCAUCGAGCAUCAACAGGAAUUCCUGCGCCACAACCUCACCUCGCGCCACAGCUUCCCUGUCUUCGGGUGCUGGGAUGGAAAACCCUUCGGAUACUUUGAGAUCUACUGGGCCAAGGAAGAUCGAUUGGGACCGUUGCUUGGUGGCCUGGGUAAUUAUGAUCGUGGAAUUCAUUUGCUUGUUGGGGAGCAGGAAUAUCGGGGAUCUCACCGGGUGAAUAUUUGGCUGAGUUCGUUGGUGCAUUAUGCUUGGUUGGCGGAUUCGAGGACGGAGACGGUUUUGUUGGAGCCUAGGGUCGAUAAUGAGAAGGUCAUAAGUUAUCUGCAGAAAUCCGGCUUCUACAAAGAAGGUGAGGUGACAUUCCCGCACAAGCAGUCGGCUGUUAUGAAAAUCAAGCGUGAUUCGUGGGAGGCGCCGGCCAUCUAA